CGUAGAAUCGUCAACCUCUUUGAAAAAAUAUGGUACAGACAGUCGACCAACGAGCAGUGAACACAGUCCGUGUACUUGCAGCCGAUAUGACCCGCGCUGCUAACUCUGGCCAUCCUGGAGGACCCAUGGGUGGAGCACUAAUGGGCCAUGUACUCUUCAGCAAAUUCCUGAACGUCAGCCCUCGGAACACCAAGUUCAUAAACCGCGAUCGUUUCGUGUUAUCGAACGGUCAUUGCAGUGCCCUGCAAUACAUUCUAUUGCAUCUCCUGGGUUAUGAUUUGUCAAUGCAAGACUUGAAAAAUUUUCGACAGCUCGGUAGCAAGACACCUGGGCACCCUGAAGCUACAGAGACACCAGGUCUUGAGGUGACAACGGGUCCGCUUGGUCAAGGUAUCUCGAACGCUGUGGGACUCGCAGCAGCGCAGGCACACUUGGAAGCUGUAUACAAUAGACCAGAUUACGAGAUAUUCAACAACUAUACCUAUGUCAUUCUUGGUGAUGGAUGUCUAAUGGAAGGUGUUGCGUUGGAAGCUGUUUCAUUGGCAGGUCAUUGGAAGCUGGGCAAACUGAUCUGCUUGUAUGACGCCAAUAACAUUACGAUUGAUGGCGAACUCAAGGUCCAAUUCAGCGAGGAUGCCAUGUUGCGAUUAGAAGCUUGUGGAUGGCAUAUCUUGGUGGUAGAGGAUGGAAAUAACGAUCUAGAGGCUGUUGAAAAAGCAAUCGAAGAAGCGAAGGCUGUGAAGGAUAAGCCAACCAUGAUCAAAAUCAAGACAACUAUCGGCUUUGGAUCCCUCAUACAAAACGAGCCCAAAGUGCACGGAGCUCCUCUUUCAGUCGACGAUAUCAAGCAGCUGAAGGAGAAAUUCGGAUUCAAUCCCGACGAAACCUUUGUUGUUCCUCAAGAGGUGCGCGACUUGUACGAUGCUAGAUUAAAACAGCUUGAGGAACAGGAAAAAUCGUGGAACGCAUUGUUCGACAGCUAUAGCAAAAGAUUCCCCACAGAGGCCGCAGAAAUCCAACGACGUUUCAGCGGUGCCAUGCCAGAAGGAUGGCAUGAGGUGCUACCGACAUUUUCGCCCAAUGAUCCGGCCAUGCCAACCCGCAAAGCAUCCGAAAUUGUCCUCAAUGCAUUGUCCGACGUUAUUCCUGAUAUCAUGUGUGGUUCUGCCGAUGUCACUCCGUCAAAUUUGACACGUUGGAAGACAGCUACCACCUUUCAGCAUCCCUCAACCGAACUAGGAGAUUUCUCCGGUCGCUACAUAUUAUACGGCGUGCGUGAACAUGCGAUGUUUGCUAUCAUGAAUGGAAUGGCUUGUUAUGGCGGGAUCGUUCCAUUGGGUGGAACAUAUCUUCAAUUCAUGACAUAUGGCUGGGGUUCUAUUCGCCUCGCAGCAUUGAUGGAAAAGCGAGCCAUCUACAUUAUGACGCACGACUCGAUCGGUCUGGGUGAAGAUGGUCCUACUCACCAGCCAAUUGAGAGCUUGGCCUUAACCCGCAGUACACCAAACCUGCUAACGUUCCGACCAUCUGAUGCCAACGAAGUCUGUGGUUCUUAUUGGGCUGCCAUGAACGAACUCCAUCGCCCUUCGGUGCUAUCGCUGUCCCGCCAUGCAUUGCCCAACCUCAAAGGCUCAUCGGCUGAAGGAACUCGUAAAGGAGCCUAUAUACUCGAAGAUCAAGAAAACGCUCAGGUCAUUCUACUUGGCACUGGUUCUGAAACGUCCAUUGCAGUGGAAGCGGCCAAGACUUUGGGCGACGAGGGUAUAGCCACACGCGUUGUUUCCAUGCCAUGCACCGAGCUGUACGAUGAACAGUCGGACGAGUAUAAAAAAUCAGUCUUUACGCCAGGUGUUCCAGUCAUUUCGAUUGAAGCCUUGGGAACUUGGGGCUGGGAACGGUAUGCUCACGUACGCGUCGGUAUGCGCAAUCGCUUUGGGGCUUCGGCACCGUAUAAACAGUUGUACGAAAAAUUCAAUAUCACCGCCGAUGCGCUCGUCAAGAAAGCAAAGCUCGCUAUAAACCAUUUCAACAAGAUUGGUUAUGUACCUGACCUUAACUUGGAUCUCUAAAUCAGAAACCAAAAAAUCAAUAAAUAAAUAGUUGCUGGGAAAAGGGAG